ACUGCGAUAAAAGCAUGAGUCACGUACGAGUAAUCAUACGCUUAAAGUUUAAAACUAUAGUUUAUACCUGGGCAUCUGAGUACUAUUACGAUAAUCAAACAAAUACCGGCUAUUUCUUGACAUAAAAUUGUCUCAAAACUGCUAGCUUGACAAUGUUUUAUACAGAAAUCGUAAUUGCUAUCAACUUACCACAAAUUGGAUUGGCGUUGAGAGGUUUCACAAAAUCCAUGAUAGUAAGCUUUCCUCUAAGCCACCUCCAACAGUAGUAGACCAGCUGCUGAAAUGCCUACAUAUAAGUUGACCUACUUCAACUUUGCUGGUUUGGGAGAACCUAUCAGAUGGAUGUUGUCCUAUCUAGAUGUCCCAUUUGAAGAUAAUCGGAUUGAAAGGGAGCAAUGGCCAACAAUCAAAUCAACAACUCCUUACGGCCAAGUUCCUGUGCUUGAAGUUGAUGGGAAACAAGUUUGUCAAUCGACUGCCAUUGCAAGGUACUUGGGCAAGAAAGCUGGCCUGGCCGGAAGUAAUGAGUGGGAGGAUCUGAUGAUAGACACCAUGAUUGAUACUUUCAAUGACUUCCGAUCAUCCAUCAGCAAAUGGUUUAAAGAGAGUGAUGAAGCUACGAAAAAAAAGCUUGAGGAGACAUUGUUGAAUGAAAAAGUGCCAUUCUAUUUCAACAAAUUCAACGAUCACAUCAAGAAUAACGGUGGAUACUUGGCCAAUGGCAAGCUGUCCUGGGGCGAUAUCUACUUCAUUUCUAUUCUUGAAUUCAUGACUACGAUUUGGAGCGAUAUAAUCGACAAGUAUGAACACAUAAAAGCGUUGAAUGAUAAAGUUGUGAAUCUGCCCAAAAUAAAAGCGUGGAUUGAGAAGCGGCCUGUACCCAAGAAGUAGAAGCAUAUUUAUAAGAAAAUUUUCAUAAGCUAGAAUAUUAGUGCUAAAGCAAAAAUCUAAGCAACAUUAUUAAUAUCACACAUCAUUUCAUCUGAAUAAAUUUCAAUUUAAAGUAUGUUAA